UUAUCUUUAGAUCAAUAAAUUUGUCAAUAUACACCACCAAAAUCAUGGCUGCACCAUUUCUUGUUCGUCACCACAAAAAUUCCAUCUUCUUCUUCUUCUUCCUCUCCUACCUCCUCUUCUCUGUCCAUGGCUUAAAAGGAGGUUCAUCUCUAUCUGUAGAAAAUGACGACGACGUUUUAGUUUCAGCAAAUGGGCUUUUCACCGCAGGUUUUCAUCAAGUUGGAGAGAAUGCUUAUUGCUUUGCUGUGUGGUUCACGGAUCAACCCACAACUGGGGGUCCCACAGUGGUCUGGAUGGCUAACCGAGAUGCACCUGUAAAUGGAAAAUACUCGAAGCUUAUAUUAUUUGAAGAUGGCAAUCUUGCUUUAACAGAUGCUGAGCAAUACAUUACUUGGUCAACCCACACAAAAUCAACCUCUUCUAAUUCGUUGCAAUUGCAACUGCAUGACACAGGUAACCUUAUCCUUUUUGAAGGACAACAAUCUCUUUGGCAAAGCUUUGAUUAUCCAACAGAUACCCUUCUUCCAGGUCAAGCUUUAACUAUGAACACACAACUUGUUUCUUCAAGAAGUUGUACGAAUUAUGCCUCGGGUUUUUAUAAGCUCUUUUUCGAUGACUAUGACAGCAUUCUUCGUCUUCAUUAUGAAGGUCCAGUAUCCAGUAGCGUCUUCUGGCCUGAUCCUCGUUUUCUACCUCGGGAAGUUGGGAGAUACCAGUAUGUAUACAAUCGAAGAGCAAGCCUUAGUUCAGAUGGUGGAUUCAAGUCAUCAGAUGGUCUUGAAUUUUUCUCGGCUGAUUAUGGAAUUGGACCCCAAAGAAUGAUGAAGAUCGACAUCGAUGGUAAUCUAAGAGUCUACAGUUUCAUUGAACAUCAAACAAGAAAGGAAUGGCAAGUUCAAUGGCAAGCUGUUUCCCGUUCUUGUAGGGUUCAUGGUAUUUGCGGACCAAAUAGUCUUUGUACUUAUUCACAAGAUGCAGGUAGGAGAUGCAUUUGCUUACAUGGCUACAAGAUGGUGAAUUUUGAAGAUUGGAGUUACGGAUGUGCACCUGAAUUCGAGGGUUGUAGUCCAGAUAACGAGGGUUUCAUCAAGCUUACCCAAGCAGAAUUCUAUGGCUACGAUAUCCGGUAUCACCCCAACUACACUCUCGAUUCAUGCAAGAAAGAUUGCUUAGAUGAUUGCACUUGUAAAGGGUUCCAAUUUUCAUACGAUUGUCACAAAGGAAUCUAUUAUUGCUACAUGAAGAAUUCUUUGUAUAAUGGAUACCAAAUGGGAUUCUACAACACUAUGUAUAUCAAAUUACCAAAAAUGUUGGUGUUAUCAUUUCAUCAGAAAACAAUCAACGACCAAAACGUCAGUUGCGUAGGCCAGGCUGUGACACCCAUGAUAAGAUCGUAUGAGAAAAAACAUCAUAACAAGCUACUUAACUCCAUGGCUGUUUUAGGAUGUGUGAUCGGUUUUAUUGAGAUCAUUGGCAUAGUGUUUUUCUGGUAUAAGAGCAGUAAACACUCGAUUACAAUCGAUCAAUGUUAUUUUCCGGCAGCCACAGCGUUCAGAAAGUUCACAUACAGUGAGCUGAAAAAGGCAUCACGUAAUUUCAGCGAAGAGAUAGGGCAUGGUGGCACUGGUGUAGUAUAUAAAGGUAUUUUAUCGGAUAACAGAGUUGCAGCAAUCAAGAAGCUCAAGAACACAAAUCACCAAGGUGAAGACGAAUUUCAAACCGAGAUCAACACAAUCGGGAGGCUGAAUCACAUGAAUUUGAUAGAAACAUGGGGUUAUUGUGCUGAAGGAAAACACAGACUUAUCGUCUACGAGUAUAUGGAGAACGGAUCAUUGGCCGGAAACUUGCGUCUCGGGAAACUCAAUUGGGAGACAAGAUUCGAGAUCGCUAAAGGAACAGCUAAAGGGUUAGCUUAUUUACACGAAGAGUGCUUGGAGUGGGUUCUUCAUUGCGAUGUGAAACCUCAUAACAUACUCCUGGAUAGUAAUUACAAUCCAAAGGUCGCGGAUUUUGGUCUUUCAAAGCUAUUCGAUAGGGAUAGAAAAGGGAAAUCGAAUUUUUCAACAGUUCGAGGGACUCGAGGCUACAUGGCUCCUGAAUGGGUGUUUAAUCUUCCAAUUACUUCGAAAGUUGAUGUAUUUAGCUAUGGGGUUGUGAUACUGGAGAUGAUAACAGGACGGAGUCCUACAGGGAAGGAGCAAAAAAGCGAUGAAAAUGGUGACACAGAGCCUGCGCUUAUUGAUUGGGUGAGAGAUAGGAUUAAUGGAAAUGGAAUGGAAUCAUGGAUUCAGGAGAUUGUAAAUACUUCGAUGAGUGAGGAAUAUGAUCAGAUCACCAUGGAAAAUCUUGUUAAUAUUGCACUGCAAUGUGCAGAGGAAGAUAGGAAGGUGCGACCAACAAUGAAGCAGGUGGUUAAUAUGCUUCAACAUCCAGAGAAUUAUAGAUAAUAUGCGUAACUAGUGAAGUUAAAUUAAUGAUUUCUGAGUUAUGAUCCCUGAAAUUCAUAUCUGAGCUUGAAUUCGAUUGAAUAAGAUUUGACGAUGAGGGUAAUCCUUAGAUCAUAAGACCCAAAUACCUAUUGUUUUCAUCUGUAACCUUGGACCUUAUGUCGUAUUUUCAGUUCUAACUUCUAACAAGUACAACUUUUUUUCAUGGUUAAAAAACCCGGGCAAUUUUUGCAAUUUUGGCUGGCUUUACUUGCUCUUUAUUGGCUUGUAAUUUGUAAUUAACCUGUACCAAGAUAGUUUAUUAGU